CGAUGUUGAGCUUUGGAUGCCGCACUUUGCCACCCUCCACGCCAGCCAUCCGAUCAAGCGUUCAGACUGACCAUGCUCGCAGCAGGCCUCAGGCUGUGGCCGCCGCCCGCGCGCUCUGUAAGGCCGUUGAUAGCGUGGUCGUCCACCGUUGCCCCUACCCGAGGACCUACAGCGGAUGCCCAAGGACCUCGCUCGGCAUCAUCAUGCAAUCAUCGAAAUGAGGCUCAAGGGUCGCUGCGAGGCCUGCGCAAGCCUGCCUGUUCGGGGAAUCAGAGGCUGACGGGUUUAGCUUUUACCAAAAGGCACUUUGCUUCAUCUUCCAUCCGUGACUUGGCUCAGGGCGCCGGAGUAACGCCCUUCGAUCCUCUUCACUGCCCAAUCUCUGUCAAUGCGGAUGGAAUUGCCAAUGAGCUGACGAUGGCUUCUGGCUACCUGUACUUCGACUCUUGCUUUCCAAUCAAGCUGGGAUGGUGGGAUUUACGCAGCUACCUUGCCUCGGCAGAGCAGGGACUUCUGCUCGAGCGCAUCAAGAACAGCAUACCGCCUGAGGAAGAAGUUGGGCACGGCUUCAAGGUCCUCGGCGUUGAGGAGAGGAUAAAGGAUGGCGGCGCUUUCGUAUCCUUUGCGUACAAGAAACACAUCACAGAAGAUCGAGAUGUAGCGCUGCUUGAGAUCGAGCGUUCCCUCAAGCGUAAUCUUAAGCGAUUUUACGACCCGAACACCAUCAUUCUCUUUAGUAAACCCUCGCUGCAUGUCGUGCAAGGGCGCCCAUGGAGAGACGACCUGAACCGUUUCCCUGCGUCGCGCAUCAAGGUGCAGCUGCAGGGUGGCGACAUCAGCGAAGAAAGGAUAUGGGAGAUUCUACGUCCGUACGGAAGAAUCAGCAACAUCGAAAAGAAGCCGAACGAGGCCACGGUGACAUUCAGUCGCAUUCGAGGAGCUACAUCCGCGCGCAAUUGUGCACAUGGAAUGACGCUUCCUGACGGUCCGACGCUCGUUAUCAACUACGAGAGGAUCCUCCGCAGCAAGAUGAUGUGGGACUGGUUCUCCAACCACCCGAGGAUCGUCUUUCCAGUCAUCUUGACCCUGCUCGGCACGAUUACUUACGUCGUCUUCGAUCCGAUCCGCGCAUGGUUCGUGGAGCAAAAACUGGAGAACACUUUCAAUCUGGAGCAGUACAAGCUUUACGGCUGGCUAAAGAAGACAACGGGGCAGCUUCUAGGCGAGGACUUCAAGGAUAUAGCUAAAGAGGACAUAUGGUGGGAGCGGCAGCAGGCUGCCAAAAAUAUCUCUGGCUUACUCAAAGAGACGCCUUCUACAUUCAUCACGGUCUCCGGUCCGCGAGGCUCCGGCAAAGGGCAGCUGAUUGAGAGGACUCUCCAGGGCGAUGUUCUGCACUUGGACAUCGACUGCGACACGAUCGCCAAAGCUGGUAAAGCAGACGCUGCUCUAGUCAACGCGCUGGCUGGCGAGACUGGCUACUGGCCUGUUUUUUCCUGGCUCAACUCUCUGAACAACCUGAUCGACCUCGCAGCCGUUGGUCUGAUCGGCUCAAAGGCCGGUUUCGCCGCGCCCAUCGAUGCGCAGCUCCGCCAGGUCCUCGGCGUUGUGACAUCUGCGCUUGUCUCCGUGAAUGCAAGGGAAGCGAAGAAGGCUGAAAAGCGUGCCAAGAAAGCGGGAAAACGUGGACAGGAGGAGAAUGAAAAGGCAUUCUCAAAGCCCUCGGCGGCCGCUGCCGCUGCAAUUGCUGCUACGCAGGCUUCUAAGCAAGACGAGAAAGGGGCGGCUGAGCUUAGCACAGGUGAGAACGGCAGUGACAAGAAAGGUAGCGGCCUUACGGACACCCUCGGGCAGGGCGUGAGUAAGCUCAAGAGCGCUAUUCUGGGUGAGGGCGAAGAGGCAAAGGCCACCAAGGAGGCUGAAGCCCAAGCGGCGCUCGAAGGAGAGAAGCAGGCUCGUGUCUCGCGAGACGAGUGGGAGAUGGAGAAGGGACUCGCGUCAGAAGUCAGCCCAAGCGCAGCUCGGCGCAUCCCAGUUGUAGUCAUCAAGUCCUUCCAUCAUAAGGGUGUCAAGAACCCGGUAUUAUGGCAAACCCUGGCAGAGUGGUCCGCUGAGUUGGUCACCAAUGGCAUUGCCCACGUCGUUUUUGUCUCCGACAAUCCGGUCGCAAUGGGCAAGGAGCUGACCAAAGCCCUUCCCAAUCGGCCAUUCGAAGGCGUGCUACUCGCCGAUGCGGAUGAGCUGCGUGCGAGAAAGAUUGUGUCUAGCAAACUGAGAGAGCUCAUCGGCACUGCUCCGGAGGAGGAAGCGAGUCGCGGCAUUACGGAGGAGCUCAAGCGGAAGCAGGAGCAGCUGGGCGCUGAAGAUGAUCUCAAAUACGGAGGCCUGAACCGCGAAACUGCCGAGUGCGUGGACAAGCUCGGUGGACGGCUUACUGAUCUCGAGACGCUCAUCCAAAAAGUCAGCUUGGGGCAGAAUGUCAAGUCCGCCGUGGAAGACAUCAUCACCCGCACGGUCAUCGAGCUGCGCAAGAAUGCAUUUGGUGACGACGUGGAGGACAGCAAAACGCUACCGUGGUCGCGUGGCCAAGCAUGGACGAUCGUCUCUUUGCUGGCAAGUAACGAAGAGCUGAACUACUACGGCACCUUGCACGAUGCCUUCAAGGGGGACGAGGGUGCACUGAAAGCAAUGGAGCAGGAGGAGAUCAUCUCUGUCCGCCACACCGAUGGGCGUCCGUCCACGAUUCGCGCGGGCAGGCCGGUGUUCCAGGAGGCGAUCAAGCGACUGGUGGAUGACCGCGUGUUUGCGAACACGCAGCGCUUCUUGUCUAACGCUAGCGCUAUCGCAAGCAACGAGGCGAUCGUUCGUGAGGUGGAGCGCGAAUUGCGCGACCUCGCUGAAGUGUAUUCGGUGCGCACCGCUGACGUGGGAAAGGCUCGCGCUGUGUACCUGUUGGAGAAGAUGGCAGAUGCACACGCCAAGAUCCAGCAUUUCGACAAGGAGAAUGCAGCGCUCAAGAAACGUCUCAACAGCCUGCAGGAAAGGUAAAAAUGCAACGUGCCGUAGUGUACUCUUAAUAUCCAUACCACUCAUUGUACACAUGCAGUCUUAGCUCUAAAUUUCGGGAUCGUAGGCAAUAAUCCUGCACUAGGCAAAUCGUAUGUUUCAGAUCAGGGCAAGGUAACAUGGAAUUCCC